AGGAGUGAGUGAUUGACUUUAUCAGUCCAAGGACAUCAUUCGUCUGGAAAGGGGGGGAAGUUUGAUCCUCUUUCUCACGGAUCCCAGUUACGGGAGUUUCUCUCCCGUUUACCGAGACCCGGGAUUAUCAUUUCGUUUUUCAAUUCAAGAUUUCUUUAUUCAAGCUUACGUGAAAUUGUGCUCAGUUUACCGUUACCCACUUCACUCCACUAACCUGGGGUUUCUCACGUUUUUUUUUUUUUCUUUUUCACUUGCUUUUUCUCGAUUGAGCCCAAUGACUAUGCUCCUUGAUAGCGCUCCUCAGUUCCCGUCACUAGGAGUAGGGGGGUUCGGAACGCCUAGACACCAUGAGUUGGGAAACCGAGACCCCGGGCUGGGGCUUAGUCCCUUCGCAGAUUCAUCUCACUCGGCUGCCUUCAAGAUAAGUCCCGUUACUCACGAUAUCGCCUCAAGCCAGACAUCAGCGUUCACACCACAAGCUACUGGAUAUGCAGCCGCGCUCGGACACCACCAUGGAGGACAAGUUGGUUCUUACGCCGGUGGAGCAUUCAAUUCGACCAGGGACUUUCUCUUCAGAAACAGGGGCGCAGGCAUCGGAGAGACCGCACCACCGAGUGCCCAGCAUGGAAUCUUUGCCGCUUCUGCUGGGAGUCUACACGGCCCCCCCGGAAUUUCGGACAACCCGGGACAUCUGUUGUUUCCUGGACUUCACGACCAGAGCGUGAGCCACACUUCACCAGGAGGACAUGUUGUAAACAGCCAAAUGCACCUGGGUUUACGCGGGGACAUUUUUGGCCGCCCAGAUCCGUACCGACCUGUGGCGAGCCCUCGUACGGACCCUUACGGCACCGCUCAGCUCCAUAACUACAACCAUCCCAUCAAUAUGAACAUGGGGAUGAACGUACCCACACACCACGGUCCGGGGGCCUUCUUCAGAUACAUGCGGCAGCCUAUUAAGCAAGAAUUGUCUUGUAAGUGGAUAGAUGAGAAUCAGAUGAACAGACCUAAAAAGACUUGUGACAGAACUUUCAGCACAAUGCAUGAAAUGGUGACACAUGUUUCGAUGGAACACGUUGGCGGCCCAGAACAGAGUAAUCAUGUUUGUUAUUGGGAGGACUGCCCGAGAGAGGGAAAAUCCUUUAAGGCCAAAUACAAACUCGUGAACCACAUCCGAGUGCACACUGGAGAGAAACCGUUCCCUUGUCCGUUCCCCGGUUGUGGGAAAAUCUUUGCAAGAUCAGAAAAUCUUAAAAUUCAUAAAAGAACUCACACAGGUGAGAAGCCAUUUAAAUGCGAGUUCGACGGCUGCGACAGGCGAUUUGCGAACAGCAGCGACAGGAAAAAGCACAUGCACGUGCACACAUCUGACAAGCCAUAUAUCUGCAAAGUGUGUGACAAGUCCUAUACACACCCCAGCUCUCUCAGGAAACAUAUGAAGGUACACGAAUCACAAGGCUCAGAGUCGUCUCCAGCUGCUAGUUCUGGAUACGAGUCCUCCACGCCGCCAGUGCUGGUUUCUGCGAACACUGAAGACCCGACAAAAACACCCACGUCUGCGGUGCAAAAUACAUCUGCACACAGCGAUGGACUACCGCCUAAUUUUAACGAAUGCAUCAGAGUAUAGACUACAUCUCUAAGGAACACUUACAAAUUCGAGAGGCCCACUGACCAGUGUUUUUCCAUCGACACGCCACCUUUUGAUCAGAUACACCAUGCAAUAGUAUAGCUUUCAUUCAUGCAUCAACUUUGAACUCGUGUGACAGUGUAAAAGACAUUAGCCUAUAUUCUUGGGUUUAAGGUACAGCCAUUUGAAUCAGUAUGGUAUUCCAUUUUUGAUGGUUCAAGAACUGUCUUUGUGGAUGCAAAUCUGUGUUUAAUGUGUCAAAGAGGAGCAAUGAUCUGUCACAACAUUCUCAAAAUAAAACUUUCUGUCUGUCAGUUUGCAUUGUUUUAAAUGUAGUUCUUCUGUGAAUAUAGCGUGUUGUUUGUUAUGAGUACUGUGGUAUAACAUAUAGAAAACUUUGAUUACACAUUUGCUUGUUUUAUGUGAAUAACUUCUCCAGAUGUGGAACUGUAUGUGUGAAUGAAAUUUAGUAUUAAGAGUACUAGAACUUUUAAGGUGGAAAAGUGAGGGAAUUAUGUGUUCAGUGACACCAAGAGUUACAGCAUUGCAUUGUUACAUAUUUUUUAAGAGACUAAAAUAUGCAUAUAAAUAUAUUGUGCUUAUGAACAUGAUUUCAAACCACCAGCACUACUUUUGAAAACAAACGUAAAAAAAAAAAAAAAAACAGUACCUCGUGAGUAACG